AACGCGUCAUGUCAGUUUCAACAGUUUGAAUUUUGAAAAUGUCCGUUUGUCGUUGAAUCGAAAAACUACAAAAUAUUAUCCCGAAGUAAAAUUUGCUGCAUUGAGAUUUUAUAUUGUUUGAAGUGUUGUGAGCUGUGGAAAUAGACCUAAGUUAAACAGUGGAAUGCUUAAUAAUUUAUUGUCGCUGAUCGAUCAGGGAUACAGCUGCCAACACCAUUCAACAUAAACAGUUGGCUCGAAAUUAAGAAUGUCAAGAAUAACUAAAUUACCAGUUUCAACCAGCAAAGAGAACAGACCAGGGCUGUCUAACACCCGGUCCAUUGGAAGGAAUCUAGUGAGCACACUCAGUGAUGUUGACAAGAAAAAUUUGAUUCUCAACCAUACUAAACCAUUGAGAAAUGGUGUUACGUCGACUGCCCCUGCGCCUCGCCUCAAGAGAGCUGCCACUGCUCCUGCUGCACCCAAUCCACCAAAACUAAAUAAAGUUGAAAAAAAACCAUCAGUGGUAGCACCGAAAAUCCCACCAUAUGACUACAAAGCUAGAUUUAAUGAUUUAUUACAAAAACAUAAAGUAAUGAAAGAAGAAUUUACAGAUCUUAAAGAAAAACAUGAAGAAAUAUCUGAUGAUUAUGAAAAAAUCAAAGAGAAAGCACAAAGCAGUACAAGUGAGAGGGAUCUGCUGAAGGAAAAGCUGUUGAACAGCCUGAAUGACUUGAGAGACCAGACGGCAGAGUAUGACAAGAUUAAACUGGACUGUGACCUUAAAAACCAUGAGAUUGAAGAUCUCCACCGUAAAACUAAAAUAUUACAAGAAGUAGCUGACAAUUUGAAGAAAAAAUCUGCUGAGUUUGACAAAUUACAAAUGGAAUUUGAUGACCUUACACGGCGCCAUACUGGACUAAAAGAAGAAGCAGAGGCUCUUAGAGUAUUGACUGAACACCUGAAAAGAAUAUCAAUUGAACACGACAAACUGAAGCUGGACUAUAAAGAUGCUCAAGAGUUGAUCUCUAAGUACAAAACUGAUGCUGAAAGUCUACAAAACAUUCUUGCUAACAUGUACAAAGAACAAAGAGAACUGCGCAAUACUGUUCAAGACCUAAAAGGCAACAUCAGAGUUUACUGUAGAAUAAGACCGCCAUUGGAGUCAGAAGCUACAAAGAAUCUGUUCAACUUAAAUGUGCUGGAUGAAUGUUCUAUUGAAGUUGAAAAGAUUGAACUGAAUUCAGCAUCACACUCCACAAGGAAAGGGAAAGCGCAGCAAUCAUUCACUUUUGAUGGUAUUUUUACCCGUCACUCACGUCAGGAGGAUGUGUUUGCUGAAGUGUCUCCCAUGAUACAGUCGGCAUUGGAUGGUUAUAAUGUCUGCAUUUUUGCCUAUGGGCAAACUGGUUCUGGAAAAACAUUUACCAUGGAAGGUGGGGCUGGAACAGAGCAAUAUGGUAUAAUUCCACGCGCUUUUAACAUGAUUUUUACUUACAUUGAAGAUUUGAAAAGGAUGGGAUGGGAACUCACCAUUAAGGCAUCUUUCUUGGAGAUCUACAAUGAAGUUAUUUACGAUCUGCUCAAUUCCAGCAAAGACCAAGUGAGCCAUGAUAUCAAAAUGGUGAACUCCAAGGGGGCUGAUGUGUAUGUGUCAAACUUGAAAGAGGAGGAGGUGAAGAACUCUCAUGACUUCAUCAGAUUGAUGAUAUUUGCUCAACGUAACAGACAAACAGCUGCCACAUUAAACAACGAGAGAAGCUCCAGGUCACACUCGGUGACUCAGAUCAAGAUCUCGGCAAUCAACGAGCAGCGGAAAGAGAAGUUCAUGAGUCAGCUCAACCUGGUGGACCUGGCGGGGUCGGAGAGCGGGAAGACGACACAGAGAAUGGAUGAAACGAAGCAUAUCAACAGAUCUCUGUCCGAAUUGUCGAAGGUCAUCCUGUCGCUGCAAACGAACCAGUCCCAUAUCCCGUACAGGAAUUCCAAGCUGACUCACCUGCUGAUGCCGAGCCUCGGCGGCAACUCCAAGACCCUCAUGUUGGUCAACAUCAAUCAAUUCGAUGAAUGCUUCAAUGAGACGCUUAACUCUCUCAGGUUUGCCACUAAAGUAAACAGCUGCAGAACUGUUAAGGCUAAGAAGAACAUAACCAUGGUUGAUUCAUUCAACUGACUUAUGUAAUUGUAUUGUAAUGCUGUUAAUCUAAUUGACAUUUUAUAUUCUUAGAACUUCUUGUUUAUUGUUAGACUGUAUCGAUUAUGUUUUAAUUUACUAGUUUUACUUAGUUUGUAUUGUACUGAAGUGGUUGCUUUUGAAUGUAAUCAACCAUUUCCUGAGUUAUAAUUAAUACAAUGUAUACUUUAAUGUGAA